AUGUCGGACCAACUUGAGAGCUCAAUCAAGAACGUAUUGGAACAGAAGACGUUGAAAUGGAUCUUCGUUGGAGGAAAGGGCGGAGUCGGAAAGACGACAUGCAGUUGCUCUCUGGCUGCUCAAUUAUCGAAAGUUCGCGAAAGAGUUCUCCUCAUUUCGACAGACCCCGCCCACAAUAUAUCCGACGCGUUCUGCCAGAAAUUCACGAAAACGCCGACGCUCGUCGAGGGAUUCGAGAAUCUUUUCGCAAUGGAAAUCGACUCGAAUCCAAGUGGAGAAGGUGUCGAGAUGGCGAAUAUCGAGGAAAUGCUCCAAAAUGCUGCACAAAAUGAGAGUGGAAGUGGCGGCGGAUUCGCGAUGGGCAAGGAUUUACUUCAGAGUUUCGCUGGGGGACUUCCGGGAAUCGAUGAGGCUAUGAGUUUCGGGGAAAUGAUGAAACUGAUAGACUCUCUCGACUUCGACGUCGUCGUUUUCGACACGGCACCAACUGGACACACUCUUCGUCUCCUCCAAUUUCCAACACUUCUGGAGAAAGUGUUCACGAAGAUACUGUCACUUCAGGGAAUGUUUGGGCCAAUGUUGAAUCAAUUCGGUGGAAUGUUCGGAAUGGGAGGCGGAUCGGUGAAUGAGAUGAUCGAGAAGAUGACGACUACACUCGAAUCUGUCAAGAAGAUGAAUGCGCAGUUCAAGGAUCCGGAAAUCACCACAUUCGUCUGCGUCUGCAUUGCCGAAUUCCUGUCUCUCUACGAAACGGAGCGUCUGAUUCAAGAGUUGACGAAGCAAGGAAUCGACACUCACAACAUAAUCGUCAACCAACUUCUGUUCCCGGAUACAGAUGAGAACGGCAAAGUGACAUGCCGAAAAUGCGGUUCCCGUCAGGCGAUUCAAUCGAAAUAUCUCAGUGAAAUCGACGAACUCUACGAGGAUUUCCACGUCGUCAAAUUGCCACUUCUGGAGGCAGAAGUACGUGGAGGACCGGAGAUUCUGAAGUUCAGUGAGAGAAUGGUUCAUCCGGAGAAGAAUAAUUAA